AUGCACGUCGAGUAUAAGCAACGCCAGCAAAGAGAAGAGGAGGUGGCUUCCCCGCCGCGAAUCCAGAAGUGGAGGAAACCAGAUAGGGGCAAGGUCUCCAUUUGUACCGAUGCGGGUGUUUUUGAUUCGGGUGGCAUUGGGCUCGGGGUGGUGGCCAGGGAUGGAGAUGGAAGUUUUUUGUUUGCAGCGGCGAAGAGAGUGCCUGGGGAAUGGAGGCCGGAAUUAGCUGAGGCUAUGGCAGCUGAAUUCGGGGUCCAAAUGGCGGCUCAACUCCACUUCACUGAUAUGGUAUUGGAAUCGGAUUGCUUGACGCUGAUACAGAAGCUACAUAACCCAGCGCGGCAGCAGGAUGAACUUGGUGUUCUUGGACGCAGCAUCCGACGAUUGCUGGAGGAGACAGGGCGGGGGGAGUGGAAACAUAUUUGUCGAGAAGCAAAUGAAGCGGCGCACGUCAUGGCUCAUGCAUACACAGGGUGGAAUGAACGUGUAGUUUGGGUGGACAGGCCACCAAAUUUUCUUUUGGAUCAACUGUUGCAGGUUAAUGUAACGACCUCACUUGAUUAA